AUUUGCUCAGGUACAUAAGCCACAGUGUCAGGUAGAAAAAUUACCCACUCUGUUCUGAGCAUUGCCAACAGACACUUACUCCCAAUUCACGAUGCUGCCAGUGUCUCCUUGCAAAGCUGUAUUGAUGAUGUUGGUCAUUGUCAUCCGCUCUUCGGCCGCACCAACUGAAGCUGGAGAUAAAACGGCCCGUCUAAGCUACGGCUACCCUAACAUGCAACAGCCGUUGCCGUACGGAGGCAGCAACUUUUACGGCGGCAACAAUAACGGAAUCUACUACAAUCAGGGCGCCAUUAGUCCGUUUCCUUUGAUUCUCGAUGCCUCCUGCAAAAAGUACACGUGCGAUUCGAAGCCAGGCAUGAGGACUGGCAGCUGCGAUAUGACUUGCAGUCCAGAUAGGAUCACUCCGCAAUGCCCGGUUUUCAACUGCAUCUCCGCCUCGCCCGGUACCUGUGGAAACAUGAGGUGCGAGGUUAGCACUUAUUCACACGUGCUCUAUUGAUUCUCAUCAGUCAAACGUUUUUCUGUUGUUGUUAUCAAUCCCCUUUCUAUAGCUUCUUUCCUUCCAAAAAAAAAACCCCGCUGUCAAUCUCAAUGUUUAUUAAUUGUUUUAUUGUCUGUGAUUCAAUUUGAAAAUAUCGGUUGUUUCAUAAACUCGGCGUGAUUGUA